AUGGACGCGCCCCGGGGUGCAGUUGCCGUUCUAAGCGAGGCUCUGUGCCUUGCACGCCGGAGCAAGAAGCACAUGCUCCCUUGCCUCAUGCUCGCGCUGAUCCCGAGCUCCCUCCAGCUGGUCGGCGGCCAUGUCUCCGCGUACUCUCUUCUCCUGGGUUUCAUCGCCAGGCUGCACUCCCUCGCCCGGGAGCACCCCGUCACGCCGCGGUUCUACGACCUGCUCCUCCGCCUCAGGGGCGACGCGGACUCCCUCUCGCACGCCAACGUCGCCCUCGUCGCGGCCUCCCACCUCGGCUACCUCGCGUCCACGGUGGUCAUCGUGCACGCCGCCUCGGCGGCCUGCGCCGGCAGGCACCUGGCGGUGAAGGACCUGCUCACGAAGCUGGCCGCGUCGUGGAAGGGGCCCCUGGUGACUUAUCUCUACUCCACCCUCCUCUCCGUGGGCUACACCGCGCUGUCGGUCUCCCUCAUCGCCGUCCCGGCCCUGAACGCGGCCGCGGCCGGCGGGCCGCCGUUCGUCCGGCUCGCCAUCGUCGCCACCGCAGCCGUCGCCGCCGCGGCGCGGCUCUUGUAUAUCUACCUGGCCAUGGUGUGGGCCGUCGGGGUGGUGGUCUCGGUCGUCGAGGACGGCUGCCGCGGCCUGGAGGCGCUGCACCGGGCCGGGGAGGCCGUGAGGGCGCGGCGGGCGCAGGGGUUCCUGAUCGCGCUGGCGCUGGCCGCCGCCAACGGGUAA